CCCCCGCAGAGCCCCCGCCCGGAGCAGGAGGAGGAGGGGGCGGCGGAGCGGGUCAAGACGGAGGCGGCGGCCUAUCCAGGCCCCGCCCCCGAGGGCGGAGCUCCCAGCCGAGGUCCCGGAGGAGGCUGAGCCCGUCCCCUACCCAGAAUGCAUCACCGCGAGCCGCAAAGAGGCGGGGUCUCCGCUCGACCGCUACUGUGCGUCGCCAGACCAGCAAGCGGUGGCCACGCCCCCCCGCACGCUGACACCCCCCCCGCGGAGAAGACGUCCCCGAGAGCCCCUCACCUCCUCCUCCCUCCUCAGCCUCCCCCCUUCUGCCUCCCCCUCUGCAUCUCCCCUGACGACCCCAUGGCCGGCCUGUUGGCCCUGCUGGCCGCCAGCGAGAUGCCCCAGGCCAGCCUCCCCCCCGCCGCCGCCGCCGCGCCUGGAGGCCCUGGCGCUGGAGGGCCUGGGCCCCCUGGAGGCCCUGGGCCCCCCUGGAGGCCCUGGCGCUGGAGGGCCUGGGCCCCCCUGGAGGCCCUGGGCCCCCUGGAGGCCCUGGCGCUGGAGGGCCUGGGCCCCCUGGAGGCCCUGGCGCUGGAGGGCCUGGCGCUGCUCAGCCAGAUGGCCCAGCUGGAGAUGGAGCGCAUCGGCCAGGAGCAAGACCUGGCCCUCGGGGGCCUCCACUGCCUCCUGGAGGCCAGCCGGCAGGUCCUCCUGGAGGCCAUCGAGCAGCAGUCCCACGUCGCUCUGCCGCGGCAGCUGGACCCCAACAAGAAGUACAGCUGGAGGCGGGGCAAGGAGCAGCCGGCGUUGGGGAAGGCGUCAGGGGAGGUCCUGGACGCGGUGGAGGUCCUGGACGCGGUGGAGGUGGACUACCGCAUCCGGCUGGCAGAGCUGCAGCAGACCUACCGGGACAAGCAGAGGGACCUGAGCCGGCUGCAGAGAAAACGGGACCGCCGGGAGCGUCAGCAGCAGGAGGAUGAGAGGAGGAGCGGCCUGGGCCGACGGGGGCGGGGCCGGCCCAGGAAGAGGAAGCACGAGGCCACGCCCCCCAAGAUGGACGGGAAGGCCGGGAAGCUGGCCAGGGCGGCGCAGUACUCUGAGGACUCGGAGGCCAGGGAGGUGAAGCGCUUCAGGCGGGAGGCGGAGGAACGCGACGGAGCGGGAGAGGGACAGCUCAGACUGAAGAAGAAGAAGAAGAAGAAGAAGAGCAGCUGGAACCAACCGGAACCGUCCAGCAGCACGACUCUACAGGUGUUGAAGGCCGGGCGCGGCAGCGGGAGCGAGCAGGAGCUGCUGGCGUCGGAGCUCAGCCGAGCACUGUCGCUCUCCCGGCUCGGCUCGCUCGCCGCCUCCCGUAAGCCGACCUCCGACCCCAAGGCUGAGGCCAAGGGGAGGCCGGCCGAGGCCGCCCCCAAGGAGCGCAGCCUCCACCCCUCCGCCAAGGGAGGGAAACACAGACUGGCGCCCAAAGGCUCCGCCUCCGACUGCGGUCGGAAAGACAAAGGUCAGAAGAAGCCCUCUCCGUUCUCGGCCAUGAGGUCGGAGCUCAGCAGCUGCUCCAACAACUCCUACUCCGAGGGGGAGGACUCUGCUCGGGGGGGCUGGCCCCCUCUCUCACGUUCCCAUGACGACCUGAGCAGGAAGAGGCCUCGCCCCCCAGCGUCGCCGUCGGCGACCACCAGCCAGAAGUCUCAGAAGAAGAAGAAACACAAGCACUUAUCCAUGCUGCUGGCGGAGGCGGGGCUUAGCUCCUCGGACGACUCCUUUGACCAAGAAUCCUCUGAGGACGACGAUGAAGAGGAGGAGGAGGAGGGGUCUGAGUUCGAGGAGAGCGGGCUGGGCCUGCUGGCGAGGUUCGCUGCGAGCGCGCUCCCUGCCAGGGCCACGCCCUUCACCCUGUUCCACGGCAGCAAGCGCCGCCGCAGGCAAAGCACUCUGGGCUCCUCGGACUGUGAUUGGUCCGACUCGGGGUCCGACCUGCGGCUCAGGAAGCCCCCCUCGCUGCUCCACGGGCGCCGCUCCGCCCCCCAGCUGCCCAUGUUGCCCCCGGCGACGCGCCGCCUCGCCCCCCCCAGCCCCGCCCAGCGGGGGGGCGGGGGCAGUGGUGGGGGCGGGCGCCAGCCGGCCAAGCGGAAGCCCCUCCCCAAGCCACGCCCCUCACCGCGGUCGCCACGGCUGUUCAGCUUCGACCCCCCCGCCCCCCCGCUCCCCGCCCCCCCGGGCGGCGAGGAGGAGGGGUGGAGCCGCCGCCGCAGCGAGAGGAUCUUCCUCCACGACGCCACCGCCGCCUCGGCCAAUCAGAGCUCCCCGCCCGCCUCCUCCUCCCCCAAGCCCACGCCCCCCCGGCCGAAACCGGCCCCGCCCCCCAGGGAGGGGCGGGACCUGCUGAAGAAGAAGAAGCCCAAGGACAGCCCCCCCCCGCUGGGCCCGCCCCCUCCAUCCAGUCCAAUCACAGAUCCGCCCGCAGCUCCGCCUCUCAGCCCGGCCCGCAAGAGCCAAUCGAAAGCCAAGCCUGGAGCCAGGGAGGCGGUGCGCGGCGCGGUCAGCCGCCUGAUGGAGAGUAUGGCGGCGGACGAGGACUUCGAGCCGAACCAGGACAGCAGCUUCAGCGAGGACGAGCUCCUCCCCCUCCGCGCCAACGGCCUAUCAGAGCGCUCCGUCACGCCUGCUCCAGUGCAGUGUGUGUUGGAUAAGGACUCCCUGGUGGACGGUCUCAGAGUUCUGAUCCCGAUGGACGACCAGCUGCUCUACGCAGGACACGUCAACACUGUGCACUCCCCCGACAUAUACAGCGUGGUGGUCGAGGGCGAGCGGGGCCACCGCCCACACAUCUACUGCCUGGAGCAGCUGCUGCAGGAGGCCAUCCUGGACCUGAAGCCCCCGUCCGCCCGCUCCCUCCCUGAGGGGAGUCGCGUCGCCGCCUACUGGAGCCAGCAGUACCGCUGCCUGUACCCCGGGACGGUGGUCACUGGGAGUUCAGACGAGGAGGAGAAGGACGACCUCAUCACGGUGGAGUUCGACGACGGAGACACCGGGCGCAUCCCGCUGUCCCACAUCAGGCUCCUCCCCCCCGACUACCAGAUCCACUGCGCCGAGCCCUCUCCCGCCCUAUUGGUGGCCAGCAGCUCCAGGAGGCGUGUCCGUAAGUGCAGUAAAGAGGGCGGGGCCAAGGAGCCCAGCCCAAAGACGGAGGAGGGUGGAGCCAAGAUCAAAGGCAGACCGGGACGCAAACCCAAAGCCAAAGCAGAGUCUUCUCCCCCGGAGGAAGGCCGAGAGAAGUCCAGUCCUCCGUCCACUCCCUCCCAGGCCCCAGCGCGGCCUCUGGCCAAGCCUGCCCCGGACAGGCCUCCGUCCGGCUCCCAGAGCAAGCUGAUCCGCAAGAGCUCCACCUCCACUACGUCAGCCCUCCCCUCCACCCAGCUCCCCAGGAAGACCAGCACCUCCUCUUCCUCGUCUCCUCUCUCCUCCACCCAGCCACACAGGAAGACCAGCUCCACCUCCACCUCACCUCCUCUCUCCUCCACCCAACCACCCAGGAAGACCAGCUCCACCUCCACCACACCUCCUCUCUCCUCCACCCAACCACCCAGGAAGACCAGCUCCACCUCCACCUCACCUCCUCUCUCCUCCACCCAGCUCCCCAGGAAGACCAGCUCCACCUCCACCUCACCUCCUCUCUCCUCCACCCAACCACCCAGGAAGACCAGCUCCACCUCCACCACACCUCCUCUCUCCUCCACCCAACCACCCAGGAAGACCAGCUCCACCUCCACCUCACCUCCUCUCUCCUCCACCCAACCACCCAGGAAGACCAGCUCCUCCUCCGCUACGUCACCCUUCUCCUCCACCCCCAGGAAGACCAGCUCCUCCUCCACCACACCUCCUCUCUCCUCCACCCAGCUCCCCAGGAGGUCCAGCUCCUCCCGCCCCCCCCCCAGUAAGGCCCUCCUCUACCCCUCCCCCUACGGGAAGGUGCUGACGGUGGACCUGUACAGCGGGCCCCACCUGGGGGCCCCCGGCAGCCCCCCCCCCGGGCGGGCCCCGCCCCGGCCCGGACCCCCGUCCGCCCCCAGACCGCCCUCCAAGACCAGGGACCCCCACCAGGGGGGGUCCAGGGCCGGCCCGGGGGCCUCCCAGGGCCCCGCCCCCAGGCCGCCCCCCUCGUCGGGGGGGAGGACGCAGGGCAGCGCGGCGCCGGCGCCCAGGCCGCUGCCCCCCCCGCCGCCUUCGUCCUCUUCAUCCUCGUCCUCCUCGUCGCGGCCCAAGCCCCCCGGCGGCAGGCCCCGACCCGGGGGCCCGCCCCCCCCCUCCAGGCCCCAUAAGCCCCGGCCGGGGGACGGGGAGGCGGGGUCAGGGGCCAGGAGGAAGCCCCCCCCCCCGGAGCCCCUGGUGAAGCUGGACCACGAGGGGGUCACCUCCCCCAAGACCAAGAAGACCAAGGCCCUGAUGCUGCUGGAGGGGCGCAGCGCCCGGCGGGACCACACCCCCGGCUCCGCCCCCGGCUCCACCCCCUGCUCCGCCCCCGGCUCCACCCCCUCCUCCACCCCCUGCUCCACCAGCAGCAGUCUGAAGCCGAGGGCUCCGGAGAAGGGAGGAGCUCCCUCGGAGAAGGACCGCCCCUCCAGGGGCGUGUCCAGGGAGGGCCGGGAGAAGGUGGACCCCUCCUCCAGGCCCUCCUCCAGGCCCUCCCCAGGCCCCCCCCCGGGGAGCACCGAGGAGGAGACAAGCUGCAGAAGAUUGAGGCGAGGAGGUCCAGCGAGAGGGGGGGGGGGGCGCGCCCCCCCGGCCAGCAGCAGCUCGGAGGAGGACUCGGACGGGAGGACCCCCCCCAAGAAGAAGUGCUCCUCCUGCUCCUCCUCCUCCCCCUCCUCCUCCAGCUCCUCCUCCUCUUCCUCUUCCUCCUCCUCCUCCUCUUCCUCGUCCUCCUCUUCGUCCACAGAGGACUCCUCCUGCAGCUCGGACGAGGACACGACCGCCGCCCGGACCCCUCCCCCUCCUCCUCCCCCUCCUCCCCCUCCCGACUCCCCUCCGCCCCUCCCUCAAGACGAGAGAGAGACAGAGGAGGAAGAGGAGGAGACGGUUAAGGCGAAGAAGGAGGUGAAGGAGAUGAAGAAGGAGGUGAAGGAGAUGAAGAAGGAGUUGAAGAAGGAGGUGAAGGAGAUGAAGAAGGAGGUGAAGGAGAUGAAGAAGGAGGUGGAGAAGGAGGUGGAGGUCACAGCAGAGGAGGAGGAGGCCCCUCCCUCCUCUCCUUCCCCCUCUCUGUCGGCGUCGGUGUCACCUUCCCCUUCAGCCUCUCCCUCCCACUCCCCCUCCCACUCUCCCUCCCCCCCCCACUCCCCCUCCCCCUCCCACUCCCCCUCCCACUCUCCCUCUCCCUCCCACUCCCACUCCCCCUCUCCCUCCCCCUCCCCCUCUCCCCCUUCCUCGCCCCCCCCCAGCCGCCCGGCCACCGGGAAGGGCUCCGGGCAGAGGGGCCGGCCGCCCAAGCCCAAGCCCAGCGGGGGGGAGGCCAAGGUGGGGCGCCCCCGGCGGCGGGAGGGGGUGCACCUCCCCACCACCAAGGAGCUGGCCAAGCGGCAGCGGCUGCCCAGCGUGGAGAACCGGCCCAAGAUCUCCGCCUUCCUGCCGGCGCGCCAGCUCUGGAAGUGGUUCGGGAAGCCCACGCAGCGCCGGGGCAUGAAGGGUAAGGCCAAGAAGCUGUUCUACAAGGCCAUCGUGCGGGGGCGGGAGAUGAUCCGCGUGGGCGACUGCGCCGUGUUCCUGUCGGCGGGCCGGCCCAACCUGCCCUUCAUCGGACGCAUCCAGAGCAUGUGGGAGUCCUGGGGCAGCAACAUGGUGGUCCGGGUCAACUGGUUCUACCACCCCGAGGAGACCAACCCCGGAAAGAAGCUCACCGACAAGAAGAACUGGGACCAGAUGUGUGGCCAGUCACUCCCGGCCUCCUUGCACUCGUCCAUCCAGAGGAAGGACUUCAUGGAGCGCGCCCUCUACCAGUCCUCCCACAGCGAUGAGAACGACGUGCAGACGGUGAGCCACAAGUGUCUGGUGGCCAGCGUGGAGGAGUACGAGGCGGCCAGCGCCGCCCGCCGGCACGCCGACCACGAGGACCUGUACUACCUGGCCGGCACCUACGAGCCCACCACCGGCAUGAUCUACAACACGGCGGGGGUCCCCGUCGUCUGCUAGGACCCCCGGCAAGAUCUACAACACCUGGGGGCCGUCAUCAUGAUCUACAUCACCCGGGGGGGGUCACCUGAUCUACAACACCUGGGGGGGGUCACCUGAUCUACAACACCCGGGGGGGGUCACCUGAUCUACAACACCCGGGGGGGGUCACCUGAUCUACAUCACCCGGGGGGGGUCAUCAUGAUCUACAUCACCCGGGGG